AUGUCCGCACCAAAAUGUGGCGUCUGCCGGACAGCUGACUCGAAAUACAAAUGCCCAAUAUGCGUGAUGAGAUACUGUUCCAUACCAUGUUACAAGUCUCACAAGUCGACGUUUCACCCAGACCACCAAACAACAAAUGAAACAUCUGGCGAAGAAGCUCCGCAAAAGCUACCCAUCGAUCGGCCUGGAACCACUCAGAGAGUCCCCAAGGCAAAUUUCGAUGGCUUCGAAUCGGACCCGGACCUUCAGCGUCUACUCCAGAGGUAUCCGAAUCUAAAGUAUCAGCUACAGUUGGUAUACGGUGCAACGAUGGAGCCUGGUCCAGACGAUGCUCAAGGCUGGRGCCGACAGGAUUGGCUCGUGGGAGAGCGAGAUUCCAUGCGACUAGAUAUUCGCGGCCGUGGACGCGGACGAGGACGAGGGCGUGGACGCGGGAGAGGGAGAGGCGGCUACCAGGAGCGAGACCAUGUAGACCUCGAGGACUGGCAACGUGGACCGUGGACCCAGGAGAAAGGAGAUCAGUAUGGCUUGAGUUUCCUCCAUAAGAUGAGAGAAGACUCGGGGAACGAUGACCUGACCGAAGGCAUGAAUGAGUUCGUCGAGCUUUGCAAAAUCAAGUUUGGCGAGUAG